AUGCCGAACAGCGCCGAGGAAGAACAACUUCGUUUGCAAGCCGUUAAGAAGGAACAGGAGGAACAAGAAAAGCAAGUUAAGUUGAGGCAAGCUGAGGUUGAAAAAGCCAAGACCAAGAAGGGCAAACUUUUCAAUCCCGAUAACUAUGAUAUCGGUGAUGUGCGCUCAGAUUUCUCUUCCGAGAAAGAUUCCAGUCCCAAAAAACCUAUUCCUACCUGGGCUAGAAGGGUCAAUCUUAAUGAGGCGUAUCUUAAGCAGCAAACGGAAACCGAUUUCAUUGAUAUCGCCCAAAUUUUCCCCGAAGACAUACUCCUUCAAGAUCCUAUUAACAUGAACGACAUAUUUAAGAUACAACGUGCCUAUUUUAACAAGCGCAAGACCAGUGCCCUUUGGAAAACCCCUACCGCGAAUCUUUAG